ACCGGCGUCCGUAGUGUAGCGGCGGCGACUCAUGAGACACACGCAGGGAACUGUUCUCCUUUAGCCGCGGUUUAAACGUACAUCCAGCUGAGUUACUCCUGUCGAAAUGUUGUGUUUAAGCGGGUUGUCGGUGGCGCUUGCUCUCGCUCUGGUGCCGGGUCCCGCUGAAGCCCUGAAAGAGGGAGAGUGUGAAGUGUGUGUGACCUUCCUUGGGAGGUUUUACCAGUCACUAAAAGACAACGAUGUAAGGUUCAACAGCGCAGACAUUGAGAAGGCCAUCAUCAAGAGCUGCAAAGAUGUUAAAGGCAAAGAAAACCGCUUUUGUUACUACAUCGGGGCAACAAGUGACGCAGCCACCAAGAUAAUCAACGAGGUUUCCAAACCGCUGAGCUACCACGUCCCGGUGGAGAAGAUCUGUGAGAAACUGAAGAAGAAGGACAGUCAGAUCUGUGAACUGAAAUACGACAAACAACUGGACCUGACCACAGUGGACCUCAAGAAGCUCAAAGUGAAGGACCUGAAGAAGAUUCUGGAGGAGUGGGGCGAGUCCUGUAAAGGAUGCGCCGAAAAGUCCGACUUCAUCCGCAAAAUCACAGAGCUCAUGCCCAAGUACGCCCCCGCAGCCGCCAAGGCACGGACAGAACUGUAACUGUACAAACACAAACAACAACAACAACAACAACACAAACAACUCUGGACUUGACUCGGACCAGACUGGUAUCCAGUGAGGAGGACCAGGAGCGGAGGAGGGGAGUUUAGUCUGAUAUGUUUGUUUAUUUUAUUUUAUUUUAUUUUUUGAGGGUAUACACUCAUCAGGUAAUUCAGAAGCAUAGAUGUUAGUGUAUACACAUAAAGCUGAAGUCCCAUACUAUACUUUGUGUGAAGGGAUGAACAGUGUUUUGCUGUCAUGGGAUGCAACGUUGAGAAUUAAUUCAUAACACAGAUUACAGGGGGGGAUUGGUGGAACGGUUGGAGGUUUUCUGCUUGUGUAGUCGAUACGUUUCACAUCACGAGGUUUAGAUAAGUGGCUGUAUUCUCCAUCAGUGACAGCAUCCUCAAAUUGGAGGUGAGAGUUUCUGCUGGAAUGCACCCCAGCAGAACCUGUUUGUUGUCCGCUGCGCUGCCCAGGAUCUCCCACUCGAUCCAGGAUUCGAAUCGGUUGAGAAAACCCGCCUCUCCCAGCGCCACCCUGACGCCCAAUAGGAUCUUAAUACCAGGAUUGCUGUUUGGAAAGUCGUCAUGUUUUGAUGAAUGUGUUAGGCCUCCUGUAAUAUUGCUCAACUUAACUUCAGUUUCCAUGACGUCCUGUGGAGGAGGAUGUGCGCUGCGUCCCACCCAUACCAAGACUUAAAGGAAUAGUUUGACAUUUUGGGAAAUGGACUUAUUUCGUUCGCUCGUUAAAUGUGGGUUAGCUUAUUUUAGCAUAAAGAUUGUUUCUGUCUGAAGGUAACAAAAUCCACCUUUUAAAACUCAUUAAUUAACAGGUUUUGGACCAAAAACGUGCAGUGAAUGAGCAAACUUCCCACAAUGUCAAACCUUUGCUUCAAGGCCUGAGUUAAUGUCUGAUUGAGACAUUCAGAUCUCCAAUACUUUUGCCCCUUAUUACCUCCACUGAAGUCUCUUUGUUUCAGUUUCCUGUUUCCAAAGUCGCCCAUAUUCCAACCCAGAGUCACAGUCAAACAAAAGUGCAGUUAUUAAAAAAAGUGAAAACAACUUGGUUUUUUUUGUUUGUUUGUUUGUUUGUUUUUUUUCUCUCAUUUGUGCCAUUUGUUUGACUGACAGCACUUUAUGCUUUAUGGCCUCGUCAGUAAUUCACAAUGACUUCAAUUUCAUUUUCAUGGAAAUGGCCCUGAAUAUUCAACACUGCAAUUAUUAUUAUUAUUAUUAUUUUUUAACCAGAAAUAGCAAAUAAUCUGCUUCUGUUCAGUCAGCAGAGAUAAUGUAGUGAGAGAAACAUUAAUUUAGUCAAUUUGUGGGGAAAUAAUAGACUUGUUCGGGGUGUAGAUUAAAGUGGAUUAAAGGAUUAAAGAGGCAAUAAGAAAGGACCAGUGGACAUUUAAACCACAGAGGACGUGGAGUAUGGGUGACUUUGUUGGUGUUUGACACAGGGACGUACACCAGAGUUUCCACUGUCAGCAAAGUAAGAAAUAUUUAAAGAGGAUUUUUGUUAAAGAUUAACCUUCUACAUCCUUCAUUUCUAAAACUUGAUUGUUGGUUUCCUGCUUUGUUUUGUUUUUUUUAGGGGUGGGGGGAUUCAUUUUACUGAUUUCAUUACAGAUGUUUUCUGUACUGCAGCUAUUAAGUGUAGUGAACAUUGUAACUCAUGAAAUACUUUACCCCUCAGCCCUUCCUGUUGGGAUCACCUGUAGUAUAUGAUCCAAUCAGGAAUUGGAUCAUAGGAUUGUUGAAAUUUAAAAUAAAUAAAAAAAUGUGUUUGUGGGUGAAGCAAUGUUUAAGAUUUGAUCCCACUCACCUACACCUAUGUCACCAAUUCAGCUGUGCAAAAAUAUUUAUGCUUCCUGAACACAGGGAAACAACUAUAUACUGUAUAUUUUUCUUUCACUUGUUGCAGUGAAAGUGAAGCGGCCUCCCAUCACUGGCUCUCCCACACCCCUGGACUUGUCUUUCAGAAGGGAUUGAUAUUUUAUUGUUUGAUGUAAGCGAAUGGCAGGUACUUAGGAAAAUGACUUGAUAAAAAAAAAGAUACUUGAUAAGACUUGAUGUGGGAAAUGAAAACUUAAAAUAUGCUGUUGUUUCACGUUUGACCUUUCAUGUAAGGCCCAGUCAUUUGUUACAACUGUGCUAUUCUACUUUUUCAUUAAAAUAUGAAAAACUCCA